CGAUACCAUUAUAGAGGUAGGACAAGCAAUACAGCGAAGCUUGGCGAACCUAGAGAUAGAAAGACCACUACAGAAUGCAGGGGAAAUAAUCGCGAAUGCAGAAGAAAGUGGGGGUGAAGCAAACAAACGGAUCGCAAAAGCUAUCUUACCACAGAGGAGGAAAUGCAAAAAGAGGAAGCUGUGGAAAUGA